AUCCAGCCUCCUCUCUCUCUCCCUCUCUCUCUCCCUCUCUCCCAGGACUGAGUGUUCAGCCCACCCCCAGUUGAGCUCAGCAAUUGUCAGACUUCUCCUGCACAACAGAUCAGACCUCUUCAGCCCCAAGCUCAGAAUUGUUCUGCUUUCAUUUUGUUUUAUAUUCAUCUAAAAAGGUAAACCCAACCCAAACUCAGCCAUGGAUGCUAUCAAGAAGAAGAUGCAAAUGCUGAAACUGGACAAGGAAAAUGCCAUCGACAGGGCUGAGCAAGCUGAAGCUGACAGGAAAGUGGUUGAAGACAAACUGAGAGGGGUGGAGGAAGAGCACAUGGCUUUGGCGAAAAAGGUCAAAGGAACUGAAGACGACGUUGAUGGUUAUUCAGAAUCGCUAAAAGAGGCUCAGGAAAAGCUGGAAGAAGCAGAGAAGAAAGCAACUGACGCGGAAGCGGAUGUGGCCUCCCUGAACAGACGUAUCCAGCUGGUUGAGGAGGAGUUGGAUCGCGCCCAGGAGCGCCUGGCCACCGCCCUGCAGAAGAUGGAGGAGGCUGAGAAGCAAGCGGAUGAGAGUGAACGAGGAAUAAAGGUUAUUGAAAGCCGAUCCCGCAGCGAUGAAGAGAAGAUGGAAUUACAAGAGCUGCAACUGAAGGAGGCCAAACACAUCGCUGAGGAAGCAGACCGCAAAUAUGAAGAGGUAGCGCGUAAGCUGGUCAUUCUGGAAGCUGAUCUGGAGCGAGCUGAGGAUCGUGCAGAGGUGUCAGAAGUUCGGGCACGACAAUUGGAAGAGGAGCUUAGAAUAAUGGACCAGACCUUGAAAUCGCUAAUGGCCUCAGAGGAAGAGUACUCUGUAAAAGAAGACAAAUAUGAAGAAGAAAUCAAGCUGUUAGCAGAAAAACUAAAAGAGGCUGAAACCAGAGCUGAGUUUGCUGAAAGAUCUGUAGCGAAACUGGAGAAGACGAUUGAUGAUUUGGAAGAUGAAGUGUACACUCAGAAAAUGAAGUGCAAGGGAAUCUGUGAAGAGCUAGACAAUGCCCUCAAUGAUAUCACAUCAAUGUAAACCACCCUGUAUAAGAUACAAUUCACCAGCGUGCUUAAAGGGCCAUCUUUGCCUCCCUCAAUCCCCCCCCCCCCCCCUCAGCUUUCUGCAUUUCCCUUAGUUAUAUCUUUGCUCAUUUUAAACAAUUCAAUUAUGGCAUCGGGCAGAAAGGUCAUAAUUCCAGGAAAUCUGGUUCGAGUACUGCUUCAGGUCUUAAGCUCUCCUUUUUUGUGUAUCAAUUUGCUGUUUUGUGCUUCAAAGAGUUUGGAUGGGGGUUGCGGUGACUUGUUUAAAUUAAGCUCUUAAUGGCUGACGUUCAUUCAUUUCUUAAGAUUGAAUGCUGAAUGAACUGUCCUGAGUUCAGCAGUUUGUCCAUUUAGCCCCAAUCUCCAGAAUUAUUAAGUUUCUGUAAUUUGCAAAAAAAAAUUGAUCGGGACAAUCUCUUCAAUAUUAUGGUUUGGGUUUUUAAAAAAAUCUGGAAAAAGGAGGGGAAAGGAAAGCUUGGAUCUGUAUCAAUAUUUAUAAAAUCUGAGGUUGUAAUUUCUCUGUCUUUCAUCUCUUUCUUCCCUUCCCCACCCCCUCACAGCAAGUUACACAGUGCCAUAAGGCUUCAAAAAGGCACUACUUAGGAAUUGUUUUACAUGUGUAAUAAAUAGAAAAAGGUGGUUAUUAAAGUCAAAACUGUAACUUUCAAAGCUGCAGUUGAUUCAAGAAACAAUUUUAUGCAAGUUGUUUAUUUAAAAAAAAGGAAAAACAAUUUUGUUUUAUUCUUCAACUUUAUCAGUAACUUCUGCAAGCUUUGUUUGUUCGUAUGUUUUUCUUUCCUUAGCCUUGGAGAAACUUUACACAGAAUGAUCUCUGACCAGAUAGACUUUUCUCUCGCUGAUCUCUCCCUUGCUGAUUUUAAAGUGGCCAAAGUGCUGUGGUACAAUGCGCAGUAUUAUAAUUGGACCUAAAUGGUGCUCAUACAUUCUUGAUUCGCCUAAUGGUUGUGCGGCAAUUGAACAGUAUAUUUGUGACAGGAGUCCAUUCAAAUCUCUAACAUUAUGGUUAAUUCAUCUUGCUCCACUUCCCAUGUCUAUUAUUAUAAUAAUAAUAAUAAUAAUCGUAAAGUCCCGUUGCGUAGUGGUUAGCGCGUUUGCCUCACAAACUGGAGGAUCCGGGUUAUUAUAAAUUACCUCCCUCUGUAAGGGCUUUUUGUAGAAGUGGGAGAGCACCUCUACUACGCAACGGGUAAAAGAGGCUUUUUUUAAAAAAAACCUCCACCUCAAGACUUGCAGCAGGCAUCAGCACUGAUGUACAUUGAGUUUGCCAGGCUGAUAAUACACCCACACGUAACGCUAGUCAGUGGAAAGAAUGAAAUGUGGGGCAUGACAGAAUAGUAAAUGACUGCAUGAACUUUGGUAGAAAUCUAUGUUACUUUCUGCAGCUUCUUGACUAAAGCAAGCUGGGUCUUAUUGCAUUAAUGCUGCACCUUGUACCAUUGCCUUAAAGUCGCCACAUGUUUUAUGCUUCAGUAGAGUUUGAGUUUAAUUUCAUUCUGUUCUUUUUGCUGUUUCCAUCCUUUGUCUUGUAUCUUCAUUUAUGAAAUAAAACUCAGUUCCUCUUUA